CGACUCGCGGCGGCGGCGGCGGCGGCGGCGGCGGCAGGGAGGCGGGGAGCGGGCGGCCGCCCGGGAUGUUCCCGGGCACUUCCUGACUGGCUGGCCCCGCGCUCUCCACCGGACGCGCACGCCCCGGGCCCCUUGCUCGCUGCCUGGCGGGGGCCCGCUCUGCGUCCGCCGCGCCGCGGUGGAGGCACUCGAGGGGGUCGCGGCGGGGGAUGAUUUGAUUGCGGGUAAAUACGCCGCGGACCGGCCGGAGAGGCCGUGGGAAGCCGCGUUUCUCGGAGUCGCCGCCUUGCCCUUGGAUUCGAGAUCAUGUCCAUUCACAUCGUGGCGUUGGGGAACGAGGGGGACUCCUUUCACCAGGACAGCCGGCCGUCGGGGCUCAUCCGCACGUACCUGGGGAGAAGCCCGCUGGUCUCUGGGGACGAAAGCACCUUGUUGCUGAACGCGACCAGCACCGUCGCGCGUCCUGUGUUCACCGAGUAUCAGGCCAGCGCGUUUGGAAAUGUCAAGCUGGUGGUCCACGACUGCCCCGUCUGGGACAUUUUUGACAGUGAUUGGUACACCUCUCGAAAUCUAAUUGGAGGCGCGGACAUCAUUGUGAUCAAAUACAACGUAAAUGACAAGUUUUCAUUCCACGAAGUGAAGGAUAAUUAUAUUCCAGUGAUUAAAAGAGCAUUAAAUUCAGUUCCAGUAAUCAUUGCUGCUGUUGGUACCAGACAAAAUGAAGAAUUACCUUGCACAUGCCCACUAUGCACCUCAGACAGAGGGAGCUGUGUCAGUACGACUGAAGGGAUCCAACUUGCUAAAGAACUAGGAGCUACCUAUCUGGAGCUACACAGCCUUGAUGACUUCUACAUAGGGAAAUAUUUUGGAGGAGUGUUGGAGUAUUUUAUGAUUCAAGCCUUAAACCAGAAGACAAGUGAAAAAAUGAAGAAGAGGAAAAUGAGCAACUCAUUUCAUGGAAUUAGACCACCUCAGCUUGAACAACCAGAAAAAAUGCCCGUUUUAAAGGCUGAAGCAUCACAUUAUAACGCUGACUUAAAUAACUUGCUGUUCUGCUGCCAGUGUGUGGAUGUGGUAUUUUACAACCCAGAUUUGAAGGAGGUUGCAGAGGCCCACAAGAUCGUGCUCUGUGCUGUAAGCCAUGUUUUCAUGCUGCUUUUCAACGUGAAGAGUCCCGCUGACAUUCAGGAUUCCAGUAUCAUCCGAACUACCCAGGAUCUCUUUGCUAUCAACAGAGAUACUGGGUUUCCAGGUGCUAGCCAGGAUUCUCCAGGCAACGCGCCACUGCGAGUCAUUGUUAAAGACGCCCACUUCUGUUUGUGUUUAUCGGACAUUCUGCGCUUCAUUUAUUCAGGUGCUUUCCAGUGGGAAGAAUUGGAAGAAGAUAUCAGGAAGAAGCUGAAAGAUUCGGGAGAUGUUUCAAAUGUAAUCGAGAAAGUUAAAUGCAUUUUAAAAACACCAGGAAAAAUUAAUUGCCUAAGAAAUUGCAAAACCUAUCAAGCCAGAAAACCUCUGUGGUUUUAUAGUACUUCCCUCAAGUUUUUCCUUAAUAAACCAAUGCUUGCUGAUGUUGUCUUCGAAAUACAAGGUACGACGGUGCCAGCCCAUAGGGCCAUCCUGGUGGCGCGUUGUGAGGUGAUGGCAGCGAUGUUUAAUGGGAAUUACAUGGAAGCAAAGAGUGUUCUGAUUCCAGUUUAUGGUGUUUCCAAAGAGACUUUCUUGUCAUUCUUAGAGUACUUAUACACAGACUCCUGUUGUCCAGCUGGCAUUUUCCAGGCCAUGUGUCUCCUGAUCUGUGCUGAGAUGUAUCAGGUGUCCAGACUGCAGCACAUCUGUGAGCUGUUCAUCAUUACACAGCUGCAGAGCAUGCCAAGCAGAGAGCUGGCGUCCAUGAACCUUGACAUAGUCGACCUGCUCAAAAAAGCCAAGUUUCACCACUCUGAUUGCCUUUCAACUUGGCUACUUCAUUUCAUUGCCACUAACUACCUCAUCUUCAGUCAAAAGCCUGAAUUUCAGGAUCUUUCAGUGGAAGAACGCAGCUUUGUUGAAAAGCACAGAUGGCCAUCGAAUUUGUACUUGAAGCAACUUGCAGAAUACAGGAAGUAUAUUCACUCCCGGAAAUGUCGUUGCUUAAUAAUGUAACCUGGCGCUUUUAUAUACAUACACUUUUCAAAAAUAUUAUUAUGAAGAAUGGGAUACCUCUGGGUUCCAGUAACAUUCUUGUGACUGAAACAUGGGCGUUAAAAAUAUAUACAUAUAUGGGCGUCCCAAAAAAAUUACCAUACAGCUUAAUGUGUUAUUAGUUCUCUUUGAAAAAAAACUAUUGUGAUCUUAAAAGGGAACAAAAUACACCAUAGGCUAAAUCUAAGGCUUUAUCCUAGUGUAUAAAGCUGUUGUACAGCUACUUAUUCCCUUUAAGACAACCUAUUGCUUUAGUGAUAUUAAUACUCAUCCCAGUUAAGAAAUGUGUAACUUUUAAAAAAAUAUCAUGUAGGAUUAAUACAAAAGUUUUAUCAUGUCUGAUUAAUUGCUCUGUUAAAAUAAGUGGCAUAAAGACCCAAACUGACUAUUUCUGUAAUGAAAAAUCUAGGGGAAGAUUGAUCAAUCUGAGACUUUAGGAAUCAAAAUUUGCCUGAGAUUUGGAAUGUAAAAUGACACUUAGUUCCAAAUCAGUAACAGUGUUUAGACGAUCAGGAAAAAAAUUCUGGUUUUUGUCUGAACAACCCAACUGAGCCACCUUGUCUCUUCCCAGGGAUUCUGAUUAGGCAGGAAAUCUGAACAGGGAUGACUCUGUGGCCAGGCCACCUGUGUAAUUGUACGGGGCUAUAGGCUUGAAAGGGCCCCUUUCAACACUCUGCUGUCACCAUCUUGAAAUUCAUAAUAAUGUUUGAAGAAGGGCCCUGAAUCUUGACUUCGUAUGGGACCCCCAAAAUCAUGUCUGUCUUGUAGCAGGGUAGGUACUAUGUUUUCUUGCUCAAGCAUCAUUGUCUCUGAAGGCAGAGAAGAGGCGCUGACUGACAGGGAAGAGCAGAAGGCUUUCUGAUGGGAAGAGAGCAUGUGAGAUCCUGGGAGCUCUGGGGAAAUCUAUUCCACCCAGAGCCUCUGCUGCCACUUCAACUAGAAAGUAAGAAAUGCCUUUUAUUGUCUUAUUUUUAAAACACUCACGGCUCUGGCUCUAUCACAGAUGAGCAUUUCUUGAUCAUUCUGUAAGACCAGUAUACUGGUAAAAGCAACUGACCAGUGUGACUUUAAUACAUAUUUAUAAAGAUGUUCAUGGGAAAAGAUGCUUUUUUAGAGAACUCAGUAUUGAAGGCUCAAAUGUUUUUUAUUUUAGUGUAUUUCUAAGAUUAGGAUGUCAGUAGCUAGAAAUGCUUCUGAGGACCCAAGGUUAUUUGAUGAGGAGUAGCAUGAAUUUUGUCCUUCAAGAUUACCCAGUAAGUUAAAAGAAAGGCUGUAAAUGAAAGACUUGUUAAAAGUAGAGAAAAUGAUACUAGGAUAGAGGACAGAAUUAUAGAUUCUCUUGUAUUACGUGUCAACAGAAAUAAUUACCUAGAAGCUCACAAGCUGAGAGAUGGAAAACCUGAUUACUGUGCUAUUGUUAGCAUCAUUUUCAUCUGUAAUGUAAUUUAGUGUUGGAUAUAUUUUUCUUUUAACUUCCAAUUAUUUUAGAAUGCAUGUAGUUUUCCAACUGCUUCAAGGUUUGAUUAAACAGUUUUACAGUGUAGUAUUGGAAUCACAAACAGUUAGCCCUUGGAUGUAUACCAACACUGUCAGAGUGAAACAAUGAAAAGUCCCUACAUAUUUCUUCCAAGAAACUUGAUUUUAAUUAAAUUGUGUUGAUGAAGAUUGCUAUAAUGCAUUUUAUGUUUUUUGUAUUUUAAUCACUUAAGUUAAUCAGCUAUUGGAAAAUCCCACUUGAUAUGGACUAGCAUUGUAAAGAAUAGAUACUGUGGUGGAUUUCUAGAAAUUCAUUCACAUUUAAGACCUUUUAAAGUCAGUGGUAGCAUUUUGGUUCUUCAUAGGGGUUCUUACCCCUAUGUUAAUUAUAGCACCUAAAAUUCUAAAUCAGUAACUUAAAUCUAGGAAAUUGAAAAAUAAAAUUUCAAAAGCAAAAUAUAUUUUUGCAAAUACUAUUUAACAUUUAAAUAGACCACAGAUAGUUUUUAGGUUGUUCGACUGGAGUUGAGUUUGCAAGGGGGGUUCUGUGGGUGUACAGCAUGUAGUUUUCACUGUGAAAGGUCUUUACCAUGUGUGUGAGUGACUCAGACACACAGAUGUGACGGCUCUCCUGAGCUGGUCAGAGCCGUAAUCAGAUGAGUUUUUAAAUCUAGAUUAAAACUUCUGAAUUAACUGAAUUUAAAAUAACGAGACAUCAAAAAAUACGCAAGCUGUCAUGGAGAAAUGAGUGCUCUUUUGAUUUCAUUUUUAACUGAAAGACUAUUUCUAGAUGAAUGUAUUCUCUGUGCUGAGCUCAGCUUCAAUAUAUUUACUAAUCAUUUUACUUAGAGAAGAUGCUGUAUGGUAGAACUAAAGCCUUUUCUUUCUGGGCCAGGUUUCCACCUCAUAGAACCCUUGCAUCCUUCUGACUAUUCUGUGUUCGUAUUAUAGGAGAAUAGGCUUGUCAUAUAAAAAUUUCAGUACCGUAACUGAAAUUCAUCCAGCCCAAGCCAGCAUGGUGGCUUCAUAUUGGGCAGUAGCAAAAAACUGAAGAAUUGGAUAAAUCUGACUUUUAAGACUGAGAAACUUUUCAACUAUAAUUUUAAAGACUACACUACAUUGAUACAGUUAGUUAUAUGAAAAUAUCCUCAAGAAUAUUUUAUUUUAUUUAAAGCAUCUGUUUAAUUCAAUCUUUAAUAAUUUUGCAAAGAAGGGUAUGUGUGUAUUUUAAUAUAGCCUGAUCUGAAUUUAUAUGUUUUUAGCUUUAGUAUUUAACAUUUUGUAACAAAUAAACCUUUUUUUAAAAAAA